AUGCGAGAUAAAAAUGAUUUUAAAACGCAGUUGGUAGUAAACAAUUGCCUGGAUACAGUGAUAAUUGAUACAGGUGCUCAAGUCAGCGUCUGUGGAACAGUCCAAGCUAAAAAAUGGAACAUGCAGGGGAAAAUGAUUCCCUCAAAAGUGAGAAUAAAGCCAUAUACGAGCACUCCGAUACCUGUGCAUGGUCAGGCUCGAUGUGCAGUUACGUUUGGCCAAACAUCUGUCCCUGUCAUGUGGCGUAUCAUCUCGGGAUCGUGUGAACCAAUAUUAGCGGGGAAGAUGGCCUUGCAGCUUGGUAUCAUUGAUUUUAACGCCAACCCAGACACAUUUCAUCCAAUCCUUAUGAUAGAUUCUGAAGAUAAAGACAAUCUUCAAGAAAUAUUGGCGAGGUAUCCGCAAAAUUUCAAUGGUAUUGGCAAGCUUCAUCAUCACAAAGUUAAAUUACAUGUAGAUAAAGAAGUUAAACCAGUCUAUGUGCCACCAAGAUCAUUUCCAUAUCAUCUUAAAGAAAGAGCUCAGAAGGCAAUUGAAGAUAUGAUCCAGCAAGACGUCAUCGAAGAACACCACAGGGAUGAACCUGCCCCAUGGGUUGCAAAUGCUGUUUUGGCAACAAAGGAUGACGGUAGUCUUCGGGUUACAAUGGAUGCCCGCAACGUAAACAAAGACUAG